CCGUACCCUGACCCCGCAUCGUCCGAGUCUCUCACAUCUCCCUCCGACGUGUCCCUCAAAAUGCGUCGUCACAGCGGCAACAAGCCUGUUCUUCCUCAAACGAAGCAGUGCCCUCACUGUGACGCCAAGUACACUCGCCAAACACACCUGAACCGGCACAUGAAAAUACACACUCGGGAAGGUAUGCAUAUAUGCGAGCUUUGUCAAGCCGAGUUCACUCGUAGUGACCUGCUCUCCAGACAUCGCAAGUCUUGUAUGAGAGGGACUGCCAGACGCGGUCGCCAGCGCGAGGCUACCGGAGAUAAGACACGUCCAUCCGACCGUUUCACGGGUAGCUCUCCCGAUGACCUCCGGGACUUUUUGCUGAGCAUGACCAGUGGAACGCCGUGCUCAGCCGUGGCAUCGACGUCUGGUCAAGCCACCUCCUCUGCCAUAGAUUCCCACCUGAGCUCUCAGCUGUCCGGGAUGACGGCCGCCGGCCCUUCAGGUGGUUUUUUGGGCAACAUGUUCGACGCGUUGUUCAAUGACGUCGUUGUGGGAGGCAAUUCGGAUACCGUAGACCGUCGACGCCCUUCGUCCACGGAUCAAACGGAAACUUUCCCUUACCUGCCUCAACUGCUUGACUCGUUCAAUGCGGCUGCCGCUAACGCUCACCCGUUCCCCAUACCUCAACUCUCCACUGAUAGCCUCGAGUCACCGCGGGAGCUGGAUCACUACGAGUACCUCUUCUAUACGGAGUAUCUGAGUCAAAUGCCCGUAUUCCAUGCGACGACCUUGUCGUCUGCGGAGAAACCUCCGAUACUUCUCGACGCUAUUCGGGCCUGCGGUGCGUUGUACGUGAAAACUGGUCGAGCGUUCGCCUUCACGAAACGCGUGUUGGAGUCUACGAGAGAGGCCCUCGCCAAAGAAUUUGCGACUCAUCCCACGGACAGCGAUGAGCAGAUCUACCUCGUGCUCGCGGUGUCCCUGCUGCAGAACAUCGGUCUCUUCCACCAACAGUCGGACGUACGGACCAUAUCGAAUAUCUUCCAUGGAAUGCUGGUCAUGCUCGUCCGCAGAAUGGGGCUUAUCACACGAAACGCCGCAUGGCACCCUACGUCAUUCGAUACGUCCGAUCCUCUCUCCAUAGAGGUGGCCUGGAGGGACUGGGCAAAGCACGAGACGGAGAAACGAUCACUGUUUCUGUCCUACCUACACGACAUCUCACAUCGAAUGUGUUUUGCCCUGCCCACAUGCUACAUGCCAGCGGAGGUGACCCUGCAUCUUCCAUGCGAAGGCAAACUCUGGAAUGCGGCCUCUGCGAGCGAGUGGCAUGCUGCCCUAUGCGCAUCGUCCCCGUACGGCACCAUGCAAGAACGAUUGACGGGAGUACCGAUUCAAUACGCGUUAGAAGUCCUUCGGCACUCCCGAGUUCCGACAUCCGAACUCAAGCUUACGCUUAAUCCGAUGGCGCACCUCCUCCUCAUCAAGGUCUUGCUCAGCGAGCUAUACGCCUUGGCCGCGCCGUCGGGCUGCCAAUUAGAACCCGCGAAGGAGAAGUCGCAAGUGAUCCUCGACUUCCAGUUCGUCCUGCACAACUGGCUCGGGACGUGGCUCGCGGGUCCGGACACACCGCCCAUCCACCCGGAACCGAUCUUUUAUUUUAACGCGCUGCCUUUCUACUGGCUCGCCCAGAUCUCCCUCAUGGCAUACCAGGAGGACAUGCCGCCAUUCCAGAUGGGCUCCGCCAGCCGUUCGGACGCAGACUCCCGCUUCCGCCUGAUCAAUUGGUGGCAGCGAUGCAUUCGGAAUUUCCUUCGUUUCGCGGGCAACAGCGCGCAAACCGAUUCGACGGCGGUAUGGGCUGAGAUGAUGAGGAUCAGGCUUGAUGGCUGGAGGCUGGAAAUGGAGGGAGACGCCAAGGGUUACAUUCGUACCGGGGGCCCUUUGGCGUUCUUCGCCAACUCUGGAGGAGAUGCAUAAAUCAGGUGACGAUGCCCGAAUUGCGUGCACAUUGUACGAUGUAAAACUUAAAAGACGUCGCAUUCAUUACCGCCGCACAACUUGAACCAUCACCUUUCAUUGCGCGCAAUACGGCGUCAUACAUCAUACGGGAACUAUACAAGACGCUUGAUCCAAC